GAGAGAUUGUACUUUGACCAACUGGACACAGGCACUAAUUACAGAUUGGAGCCCCAGGCAGCGACAACUAGAAGCUGUGUGUGCGUCUGUGGAACCUACAAACACACACUUAUCUAACUUUCUCAAACUUGGCUUGAACUCCUGGACACAUACUCGUUGGAACCUUGAACACACUCCUUCCCAGUGUUGGUCUUCCAGUAACCAUGGAACAGUCUGAAGCUAAUGGCCUCAGCCCGGACCUCUCCAAUGGAGCCAUCAUCCACAGCCCUAUAGGAACCUGUACCAACCCGGACAGACAGAGACAACGAGAUGAAGAGGAGGAGGAGGAGGAUGUAGAACUAGCAGAGGAGGUGUUAGAACUGGGGGAGGAGGUGGGUGAGGACAUGGAGGACAUUGGGAUGGCAGGUGAGGGGGAAGGUGCACCUGAUCAUUUCGAAGUGACGAUGCAAGCUAGCGGGAGCGGAGGAAAGGAGGGAGAGGAGGGGGAGAGGGGGAUUGAAGAAGAGAUUGGUUUACAGGAAAAGAGAGAGGGAGAUAAAGGGGAGGGGGAGCUGACAGUGACAGUUGUUGUAAUUGAAGAGGAGCAGGAGAAAUCUGUAGAGGCUGUUGAAGAAGAGAAGUUCACUGAGAGAGAGGAGUCAGCAGGGGCGGACAAAAAGAGAGAAAUAGUGGAGAGAGAACCUCCUCACCCCCCACCAUCCCCUAGUUUACCUGAAACUGAGUCCAUUAAUGAUGAGGUAGAGACAAAAGACGAGGACACAUAUCCAGAGGCAGAAAAGGCACAAAUCGUUUUGCCUAUUGAUGAGACAGAGAAGACAGAGGACAAUGUUGGUUUGACGACAACAGAACCGCCAGCCCCGUCAACUAAUGAUGAGGUGGAGAGUAAAGAAGAGCUAUGUAAUGAGAGUCGAAAGCCAGAAACCACAUCCACUACAGAUGAGUUAGCGAAGGGAGAGCAUAGUGGCGGUCAGGAUGCAGAGAUGUCCAUCAGCCAGGUGACUAAUGAUGAUGGCAUAGUAAGAGUGAGUGAUGAAAGUGGGAGUCAAGUGACUGAGGACUGUCAAACUGUGUCCACUAGUGAUGAGGUCAGAGGGACACGGCAGGAGGAAGGACAGGAAGAGGAGCCUAAACAUCAGCCAGCCAAUGACAAUGAAGGAGAGAGUGAGGAAAGUAACAAUAAAUUGGCACAAAAUCUACAGGUUUCACAAGAAGAAAGGGAUGAGAACCAGCAGGGAAGUGAGAAGAGUACAGAGAAAAAAGAGGAGGAGGUUAAAAGCCCUGUUACAGAAGAACAGGGAGAGACAACUAAAGCAGUUUUAGAGAAAAAAGAGGAGGGGCAUCAAGCGACAGAGCACCAGCCCCCGUUGUUCGUUACCAAGGAGUUCAUAGAGCUUGGAGUCGUCAAGAGUCAGGCAACCACAGCUCAACAGCCACAGGAUGUUGUCACUCCACCUGUUGAGGGAGGGAGCAAGAGCAAGCCACAGCUACUGAUACAGCCCAAUGAGAGUCAGGAGGGUGAGAACGGCUCUAAAGAGGAGGGAGGUUUACAACAGACAAAACAACAGCUACAGGUGGAAGAGGGUGACAGUGAUAGGGCAGUGGAGAGAGGUGGUGGGGAGAGGGAAGAACCGCGACAGGUUGGGGAUAAUGCGGUGUUGGGGAUGGACACAGGAGGCAGCAAAAUAGAUGAGGAGCAAAAGAAGAAGGAUAAUGUAGACAUAGCAGAGGAAGUGAGAAGAGGUGGCAGUAUGGAGGAACAGACGGAAAAGGCUUUAGAGCCUGAUAAUGCUAACAGAGAAGAGGGGGAAGAGAAAGAAGACAAAGUUGUAGCUCAGCCACAGGUACAGAUACUCAAGGGUUCAGCAGGAGCUACACAGGAGGACGAUGACAAGGAUUUAGAGCAUGUUGAGGAGGCUUUCGAGCUUGAGGAGGAAGGAGACAUGGAGAAAGAACAGCCAGGAGAGGUCAUUCUGGAUGAGCCCGGAGCUGCAGAGGUGGGAGGGGCUGAAGAGAUGGAUAAUCUGGUCCCAGUCUCAGAGAUAGGGACGGGAGGAGCAGAGGGAGGGGGUGAGUUGGAGGAACAGCCAGUGACAAACAUUGACGAUAAUCUAGACUCACAGUCAGAGGGAGCGAUUGAGAUGGCGGAAGAGCCAGAAGAUCUCAUUGAGGAUGAGUCUAAAUCUGCAUUAGAGGGAUGCAGCAAGAGAGUAGAACAGCCAGGGCCUGCCACUAAGGAUGAGCCAGUAAAGUUUGGGAAGGAAUACACAGCGAAGGAAAGAAGGAAAGAGAAGAAAGAAGAGGUGGAGCUAGGGGUCAAAGGUCACAAAGCCUGGAUAGAGAAUGGGUUCCCUGGAACAGAGGAGGUGAAACGACAACUGCUGAAUGAGAUGCUGCUAUCUCCCACAAGGCUGAAACAAGGAGAAAUGAAAGAGGAGGUGACAGUAAAAAGAGUUAGGGUGACACCCCGCAGAGGGAGCAACGACUGGAACAAGAAGGCGGCCCCAGAGGAGGUACAGACCCGCAGAGGGAGCAACGACUGGAACAAGAAGGGGGCCCCAGAGGAGGCGCAGACCCGCAGAGGGAGCAACGACUGGAACAAGAAGGAGGCCCCAGAGGAGGCGCAGACCCGCAGAGGGAGCAACGACUGGAACAAAAAGGCGGCCCCAGAGGAGGCGCAGACCCCCUGGAGGAGGGAGGACUGGGCCAAAAAGGAGGCCCCAGAGGAGGUGCAGACCCGCAGAAGGAGCGAUGACUGGAUCAAAAAGGCCCCAGAGGAGGCGCAGACCCCCGGGAGGAGGGAGGAUUGGAUUAAGAAGUUGUCUCCAGAGGAGGCGCAGACCCGCAGAAGAAGCGACGACUGGAUCAAGAAGGAGGCCUCAGAGGAGGCGCAGACCCCUGGGUGGAGGGAGGACUGGAUUAAGAAGUUGUCCCCAGAGGAGGUGCAGACCCCUGGGCGGAAGGAGGACGGGAUUAAGAAGUUGUCCCCAGAGGAAGCGCAGACCCCCGGGAGGAGGGAGGACUGGAUAAAGGAGCUGAAGUCUGUGCUCAAAGAGGAGGUACUUUCCCCGAAGAGGAGAGAGGAGCAGGUGAAGAAAAAGAAGAAGAAGGUGGUGGUCAUGGACGAGGUGCCCACGUUCAUGCACCAGAGGACAGAGGUGAAGAUAGAGGUGAAGAAAGAGAAGGAGGCGCAGGGGGAGGAGAAGACGCCAAAGAAGUCUGUGAGGCUGCAGAGCCCAACUCCUCAUGGGGAAGACAGCGACAGUUCGGACCCCCAGGAGUACGAGAUCUCCCUCUAUGUCAAGACCCCAGUGCUCCCUGGUCCUGUAGAGCUGUAUCGAUCAGCUGAUUACCUGAAUCAGGCUGGCAGUGAUGGUGAGAGCAUCGGGAACUGUCCGUUCUCCCAGCGCCUCUUCAUGAUCCUGUGGCUGAAGGGAGUUAUCUUCAACGUCACCACAGUCGACCUCAAAAGGAAACCGGCGGACCUGCAGGACCUGGCCCCGGGGACCAACCCUCCAUUCGUCACAUUUAAUGGGGAGGUGAAGGUCGACGUCAACAAGAUAGAAGAGUUCAUUGAGGAAAAACUCACGCCACCACGGUACCCCAAGUUGGCGACUAAACACCCAGAGUCAAACACCGCAGGUAUAGAUGUGUUCUCCAAGUUCUCUGCCUACAUCAAGAACCCCCGCAAAGAUACCAACGACGGCCUGGAGAAGGCCCUGUUGAAGUCUCUCAGGCGACUGGAUGAAUUCCUGAGGACCCCCCUGCCGGAGGAGAUCGAUGCCAACAGCACAGAAGACCCUCAGGAGUCCACACGCUGCUUCCUGGAUGGACCUGACCUCACGCUGGCAGACUGCAACCUGCUGCCCAAACUACACAUUAUAAAGGUGGUGGCCAGGAAGUACCGUGGCUUUGAGAUCCCGGUGGAGAUGGAGGGGGUGUGGCGCUAUCUGAACCACGCCUACAAGAGGGAAGAGUUUACUAACACCUGUCCUGUUGAGCGCGAAAUCGAAUUUGCCUACAUAGAUGUGGCCAAACGAAUCAAAUAGCGAGAGGGGGAGGAGAGAGAGACUGAGAAGGCCCAAUUCCAAAUUGUGUGUGUGUGUGUGUCUUUGUACACUCACCAGUUGGGUUGGACGGCACUCAUAUGUAGUGCCAUGGCUGCUGUGAAUGUAAGACCACUAGACAGAGGUCUGCACCCAUUUCACAUCCAUUCCUUUUGGCGAAAGCCCUCUGUGGUGCACUAUAAUACAGCUGUAUGGUGUCAUUGAAGACACAGACACUGUUAGAAACCUAGAGUACGAACUCUAACAGCGUAUAGUACUAUCUACUAUCUGCAACAUUGUAAAACUGUCCUAAAGCAGCCAUAAGCAUUCAUUAGAGUGUUAUAACCUCUGUGUCUUAGAGGUAUAGCAGAGCACAGGUAGACACGCCAUACUUAUAUGAAUAUGCAACACUUUGGCCUUGAUCACAGUAUUAACCUAUGUCUAAAAAUUAACAUACAUAUCCUUUAUAAAUUCACUUUUCAUUAGUUUCUCCCCCGUCUUAUUUUGGCCAUCUAUGGGUGAAUAAUAAUCAAUAGUAAAAAGCUUUUUGAUGUCAAGGUCUGACUUAUCUAUUUGUGCGUUUUGUAAAAGCAAAUCUGCUUUAAUACCAUUUAUAUCGAUUUCUAUUGACCAUAACAGGAUUGUGGGUGGGGCUUCCUGUUGAGAAGCUCACCUGUUUGGGCCUUCCUGAACAUGCAGGUUGAAUCGGAAGCCAUUUUGAUUGUGGCGGAAGUGUGUACUGUAUCUCUCUAUGCACCAAACAAAUACUGACACAACCCUGUGUACUCGCCUUAUAAUCCUCACCAGAGGAGACUUUAUUAAACUGAUUUCAGAACAGUGA